CCCUCUCCCGUGUCAUGUGAGUGCACUCAUGUCAACAUGUUGCCCUCUACUGUGUCGUCACAUUUUACUCAUUUAAAGUCCUCACGGAUUCAUUCACACAAAAUGGACGUAAUGCCUGGUUUUGCAGUUUCCGAUUCUGAUCAAGGUUAUGAAAGAACGCUAUAUCUCGAUGACGAUUGUGGUUUUCCUCUACGCUCUGAUAAAGUUGUUGACAUUGCGGAAGGUAAUAAACUAUACACAUCGUGCAAACCUGGGAGAAAUAUUAAUAUCCUUGUUGUGUUUGGUAUGGGAGUGGAUGAAGUUUUCCUUGCUGGUGCUGACUGACAUGGCAGGGUUCCUGUUCCUGUGGGGGGUCCUCCUCCUGACACCAGGGUCGUGUACAUCAGCCACUACGUCGACUACCACCCCGACAACCUCUUCUAUCCGAGGGACACCAUCACAGGGAUCACCCACCCCAAGCAGCAGUGGAAUCAGCAGCACGUCAUCUUCGACAUCCGAAAUCAGUUCCGUCACAACGACGUCACAUACGACAUCCGACACCAGUGCAAUCACCAGGUCGUCAUCUACGACAUCCGACAUUAGUGCAGCCACUACUCCAUCAUCUACGGCACGCACUACCCAGUUAUCCACCACGUUCGACGACCAAAGCACGAGAGUGUGCAUACGUGAAUCAUCUGCUGGUGAUGGAGCUGGUAUAUCAGCAGCUGAAGUCGCCGGCAGUGUUGUAGCGGCUGUUGUUGUUUCUGCCUUCGUUUCGUCCACUAUCACCUACUACAUCAUCAGAAGGAAAUAUCGAGGGAAGCCGGUUGACGAACGGAUGGCUGAAACUACUGGGGGAAGUACCACCAACACUCUGCCGGAAGAAACAGACGGCCCCGUGACUGCCAAGCCGCACUGCCCCGAUACACACGUCCCUGUCUACAUCGGUGUAGAUAUUGCUGUAGAGAAGGGUCCUCUACAUGCCUACGACUCUGAAACCAGGAAGACAGAGCUGGAUGAUAUCUCAGUAAUUGACCUGGAUCAUUCGGAAAGGCUAGUGUUUGCGUACAACCCUCUAACCAUGGCUGGAGAAAAUAUGGAUGAUCCUCCACAGUCCGAGCUCUGACCCGACACAUAGUGCUCAACGCGUCCUCCAUCGGUACCCCAAACCGCAAAAUGACCUUGUAUACGUGAACUGCGCCUUGCGCUGGUGUCCACACGGGAGAGUUGAAUAGACACGAUUUAUUGCUAAAGGUUAAUGUUUCCUUCACUCAUUCCAGGUACAUUUAUUUCCGUCAUUAAAGUCUUUGUUUUCUAUGCUGCUUUGGACUUGUAAAUAAAUAUACCUUGCAGUUCCCCAACUUGGUGUGAAGUCUUUCGGGUAUCACAUACCAAUGCUUUUUGUACCAUGUGCGAAUCUUCAUUUGAUAUGUAAAAUAUUAUUUUCAUGUUGUUACUUUCUUGGAAUCAUGUAUAACUCCAUCAGGUUAUACGUCGCUGUGGUAGGUUCUCCGGGAGCUUGUGGAUUGCAUUUUCCCGUGAUUGUUGUGAGAGCCUUUCCUUGAGGACGACUUGGUUAGUUUUUUCUAACAUUAUAAAGCACAACCGACUCAUGGUGUAAUGGUCAAAAGUAUGAUUUUUACUUUUUUUGUAAUGUCCCAUGUAUUUGUUAUCUGUUACUCCUAAUUCGUUUUUGUAUCAGAAUUCUAAUUUCAAAUUCAUUUUCUUUAUCACCUUAAUUUGUAUUAACAAGAACGAUGUUUUUAUGGAUACACAGCUACUUUAUUGCAAUGGCUGCUACGUUUCGGUGUAGAUUGCUUGAUAACGGUGUUAGAUUCUUAACCAAAACGUUGCAUCCACUGUCAUCAUACCAGCUUCUAAAAACCACUCAGUGAAGUUGAUUUGUAAUGCUGUAUGUGAUUUAAAGUCAGGGUAUAAACAAGUCAUGCAGUGGUGAGCGAUCUUCAAGUUCAGAAGCCUUGUGAUACUACCCUGAAAUAAUGGUGAGUCUCCUUUGGCAUACCGACCUAUCCUGUUGUUUAAAUUACAAUUACUGUUCUAUAUGAGAAACUGUGUGAUAAUUUCCUUUUGUUGUUGAGGGUGUUAGUCCAAAUUUGUAAACAUGUGCUUCCUUGUUUACUGGUUCAGUGUUAACCCUUUAUCUCCUUACCUUCAGAGUUGUUAUGUUUAUAUUGAUAUGGUUCAUGCCGCGUUUUAUUCAUUCAAGAUAGUAAUAUCAGGAGUGAGUGAGUGAGUUUAGUUUUACGCCAAACUCAGCAAUAUUCCAGUCAUAUAGCGGCGGUCUGUAAAUAAUCGAGUCUGGACCAGACAAUCCAGUGAUCAACAGCAUGAGCAUCGAUCAGUAAUAUCAGGAAUUUCAAGACAUGUUUAAGGUAAUUUGAAUGCUGUGUACGAGGCACGCAAGGUUUAUGAAGGUUCGUUCAGUUUUCAGCCAAACUAUUACUACCACGUCUUGUCUUGUAAAAAACAUAAGGAAAGCAAAGACAGAAAGAAGCAUUUCAUUCAAGGCUUGCCUGCUUUGCAGAUUGUAUAGUGUUCACAAUAAGAAACGGGCCUUAAAAUGCCAUUGCUCUUUGAAUAAAGACGAUCAGUGGUA